AUGCAUACCAAAACUCUUGCUUGGAUCUUUAUGUCACUGCUUACCCCAGCCAUUCGUGGAGCGAAAAUUGGCAAGAGGACAGAAGCCGACCUCGUUACUCAUACUGUACCCCUCGGUGCAAGAGAUGAAAGUUACGACAACGAAGCCUGGAAUUGGUGUCAACAGGAACAGGAUGGAGUGGCUCUUUGGCGCCCGAGCGACCCCUUGAAUGACAGCACUGCUUCGAUGUAUCAUCGGUAUGACGAUACUUCACGGCGUCAACCGAGAUCGACAGUGGAAAUGGAUGAUGUGAGGGAGUCACUGAUCAUUGGAGGUCCAUCGGGCAAGAAGGAGAGCAGUCCCCUUCUUCAAGCGCGUUUAGCAGUUAUGGCUGCUUGGGCCAACACUGAUGCAGGUAGGAUUGAAAGCAAUUUCAGGAAUGUAACAAACGGUGGUUUCCCCUGGUGUCUCCCUGGGAAAGAUAUGCUGUCCAUCCAACCCGAGAGAAAGAAUGACAGCAUCAACGGCAUGACCCAGAAAGGUGACGACUUGAGGAACCUUGUUCAUUCAGCUCGUGCACAAGUAGCCGCAAAGCUUGCCGCAACCUGGCCUUGGUUUCUCAACCGCGCUUAUCUGAAGUGUGACAUCAAGGAUGAUGCAGCCAGCAACCCGCAGGAUAACCCUUGGGGGAGAGGGGAAGAACAUGCGGUGAAAUUCUUGUCAGCUCUGACUGGACGUGAUUGCCAGAUUGACGGAGGUUUCGAGGCGAAUAACACCCUCGUGAACAGUUUUCUGUAUAAAAGUUGGCGAUCUGUGAGAUAUUCCGCUUAUACAAGUUCAAAAGCUAUCCGGUUGUGCUCACAAGAAUCCGGUCCCUUUUAG